AUGAUUAGAAAGGGCUGCUUUUUGUGGAUUCACCCUAAAACAUCGUUGCCUUUUUUAGUGCUCUCUUCUCGUUCGUCUUAUUCCAUCGACCCUGCGGUUGCAAAUCCCGCCACUAAAGAUUCCAAAACCGCAAAGGUAUUAUCCACAAAGAAAACACAAGAUCCAAAAGCCUCGUCUAAUGUCAAAAAAGAGCCGAUUUCGAAAAAGGAGCGUGAUCCUGCAAAUGGAGCGUUUAGCUUAUCAUCUCAAGUAAGCGUAGAGGAUAAAGCUGCUAUCUUUAAUGCCAGGACUGAUCAUUCGACUGCUGAACGAGGAUUUGAAGUCCGAUCUAGCCUUGAGGAGUUUAAUUCUGCUUUCGGUAUAGCAGCGCCGAUAGAAAAUCAUCCGCAAAAUCCACCACUCGUGCCUGAAGAGACCGAUGUGACAAAUGAAAAGAAUGACAGCGCAAAGCCCACCUUGUCAUCCAUAAUAUCAACCAACUUUGCGCACGAAAAUCACCAAUUUAAUAACGCCCCUCCAAUUCCAAAGAGUAUUUCCAAGUUUUUUCCGGUAACCAAGAAAGUUCCGAGGCCAAAGUCUGCACCAUCCUGCUCCAGGGAAGAUGCCUCGCCUAAAAUGGCAGGAUUUACCAGCAGCAAUACGGAAUACACCCAAGAGCCCGAUAAAGGCACAUCAAAGCCGACACCGAUUUCUACCUCGUAUAGCGGCAUUACUCCCAAUUCUGCCAAAAGCAAUGACGGCGGCUCCAAUUCAAACUUUUUUAAUAACCAAAGGCAUAGAGGCCUGAAUUCGUCCCACCUUCAGGGCGGAUUGGUUUCCAUCGUCCCAAAAGACGCGCCGCUUUCAAGCCAAGACCAUUUUUAUUCAUUGAUUUCAAAAAAUAUCUCCGAAGAUGUGUCUUUUUGCGAGCAAAAAGAAAUCAUAUUCGAUGAAAACAGCGCCUCCACACAUCAAGAGGUCAACUUGAAAAAAAUACAAGAAAGUGUUGCUCCAUCCCUGGACGUGGCCAGGUUUGGCAAUUUUUCUUCCUCUUCUUUCGAGAGAUCCGAGGCCAGCAUUGUCAAAAGCAUUUCGUUUGCCUUUCCAGCGAAUCAAGCUAGUGUGAUUUCGCUCCUCAAUUUAUAUGACCGGCAAUUAGAUUAUAAUGCCACGCGCGACCUCAAAAUUGAGAUUUUUCUGAAGACGCUUCGUUUGCUAUUUUACCUGUACAAGCCCACCGUAUUCUCGGCAUCGACGAUCUUUAAUAUUAGCAAGCUAAAAUGUAUUGCAGAAGAAUCGUCCAACUGGAGGGAUAUAUCGCUAGUUUUCCCUCUUGAGCGGAUGUUGCCAUCAUCGAAAUCGUUCCAAGAUUCCAGGAUAACUUUUCCAAUCGAGGUGCAUAUUGCCGUCAUGAGCAUCUUGGACAAAAUCAGGGCAAAGCUAUUUGCGUACGAAUAUUACUUGGAGUUUCUGAUGAAAGAUCCUGUUCCCUGCUCAAAUCCGAUCUUGUUGCGAAAUGUAAUAAAGGCGCUGUCUAGCCACCAGUUUGCUUCCAAGUCUGUGUUUGACCAUUUCCUUAGAAACGGCGGCAUUCCAACACCGGACAUCGUUGUGGAUCUACUGGCAACCCCGAAUUUGAUUGAUUCCGCAUGCUUGUAUGAAUCGUAUUUUGACCAGUAUAUUAAAAUCCCCUAUUUAGAGCAAAAAAUCCUUCCAGAAGAAGCCAAGAAAAUCGAUGACCGGCAACUCCUGCAAGCAACAAAGUCGAUGUUGGGGAUGUAUGUUCGAGGAGCAAUGUCGUGUCCAUCGUACAACCAAAACAAGAUUUUUGCUCUUAAAUGCUGGAUCAAAAAGUAUGCACCAUCGGUAGCGUGCAGCCCAGACUUUCAUAUUGCUUGUAAAAUAGUUCUCAAAGAGAAGCCACAGCAGGAUCCAACCUUGAUCUUGGAUUAA